UACACCGUAUUUGGAUCCUCGUUCCCCAGAUCACACUGCACUUCCAGAAGCAGAAACAUUUCAUCAUGGUUUCUGGGACUUUAUUUGUGUUUGUACUGCUGUGUGGAGUGGAGGCUGGUCAUGCUGGCAAGGUUUUGGUGUUACCAGGCGAGUACAGUCACUGGCACAACAUGCGUGCGAUCAUUGACGCGCUGGUCGAUCGCAACCACAGUGUGACGGUUCUGGUCAGUUCUUCAUCACCUACUGUACCGCACACACGGAAGGAGCGCUUCGAUUUCAACGUGUUUAAAGUCAACAUGGAGAAAGAAGAGGCCACUGCUGUGUGGAGUGACUUUAUUCAUCUCUGGAUGAAUGACACAGCCACUAAAUACGAGACAGUGUUCAACAUCUGGCGAGUGAUGACUAAUUACAUGGUGCUGGCUACUGACAUUUGCAAGGGCAUGUUUCAUAAUGAGGAUCUUUUACACACGCUUCGUGAAUCUCAUUAUGAUGUGCUUUUUUCUGAUCCAAUGAUGCCAUGUUCUGACUUGAUGGCACAGAAGCUGAAUAUCCCGCAUGUCCUGUCGCUGCGCGCAACAUUUGCGUAUACUUUCGAGCAGCUUUGCGGUCAGUUGCCUGCGCCGCCGUCCUACGUUCCUGCAGCCGCUUUGCAAGAUCACCUCACCGACCGUAUGAGCUUCAUAGAGAGAGUUGAAAACAUGCUCCUCUACAUCAUACAUACAACUAUAUUCCGACUGAACAUGAAGUUUACUUUUGAUCUGCUUUACACUGAAAUAUGGGGCAAACCCACAACAAUGUGUGAGACCAUGGGAAAAGCCGACAUCUGGUUGAUUAGAACUUACUGGGAUUUUGAGUAUCCACGCCCACUCCUGCCUAAUUUUAAAUUUGUUGGAGGACUACACUGCAAACCCGCCAAGCCUCUGUCAAAGGAACUGGAGGAGUUUGUUCAGAGCUCAGGAGAUCAUGGCAUCGUUGUCUUCUCACUGGGUUCCAUGAUCGGAAACCUGACAUUGGAAAGAGCAAACACUAUUGCUUCUGCUCUUGGCCAGAUCCCACAAAAGGUUGUUUGGCGUUAUAAUGGGAAAACACCAGAAACUCUCGCCCCCAAUACAAAACUCUAUGACUGGAUCCCACAGAAUGAUUUGCUUGGUCAUCCAAAAACAAAGGCCUUCAUUACCCAUGGUGGGACAAAUGGACUGUAUGAGGCUAUUUAUCAUGGUGUCCCAAUGGUGGGCUUGCCACUGUUUGCUGACCAGCCUGAUAAUCUAAUGCACAUGAAAACCAAAGGAGCUGCUGUAGUUCUUGAUAUCAACUCAAUGCAGCCCAAAGACCUGGUGGAUGCUCUCAAAACUGUCGUAAAUAAUCCAUCGUACAAGGAGAGCAUCAUGAGACUGUCCAGAAUCCACCAUGAUCAGCCAAUGAAGCCUCUGGACCAGGCAGUUUACUGGAUCGAAUUUGUGAUGCGGCAUAAAGGAGCUAAACAUCUACGAGUUCAGGCACAUGAUCUGAGCUGGUAUCAGUACCACUGCCUGGAUGUAGUGGCCUUCUUACUCUCAAUCGUUGCACUGAUCACAUUCCUCUUCAUUAAAACAUGCCGUUGCCUUUUCCGUAAAUGUUUCAGAAAGACUCGUCCUGAUGGCAAAGCACAAAAGAGUAAAAAAGAGUGAAAGCGAAGUAGGUUAGCAUAGAAGCAUUGCCGUCAAUUGACUGUGGUAUGUGUGUUGUCAUCACAUGUGUAUGAUGGCCAGUGUGCAUUUUGUGUACAUUCCAAACUUUAUGUUCUUAAUGAAAUAUAUGUGAAUGUUCAUGUAAAAUAAAAAACGAAGUGCCUCAGGUUAAAAAUAGUGCAGGAAACUCUUUUCUUUCUGCCCUGUCAUUUUUCAUGACUAUUGAACUAUAACAAAAAUGAAGGCUGACAUCCAUCCAUUCUCUAUGUCCUGUGUAAGAAGGGUGACAGGUGAGUGUGAUACAUGUGUGUAGUGAAAGCCCAUAGUUAAGAGUGACAUAAAACAUUCUACGUUAUUUGCUGAAUGAAAUCCAAUACUUGUUUCAUACCGAUCGUUGGGUGCUGAUCCCGAAAGUAGUGCUUUUGCACAUUUCAGAGCAGUUUUGCUUCCGACAGCUGUUUGUAAGGUGAAGAGGUCUUGUUUUAUACCUUAAUCAGCAGGAAAAUGAAAGACAUGAUUCCUGUUUUCCUCUGAGCCAGAUAACAACUAUUUGUUCCAUUUUCAGCCAUUUUUCACAUUAAUGAUUCUGAAAACAUUAUUUUA